AUGGGCCCCUUUACCGCCUCCUCAUGCUGCUGCCAGGCCCGUAAUCUGCCAUGGGCCCCCGUACCGCCUCCUCAUGCUGCUGCCAGGCCCGUAAUCUGCCAUGGGCCCCCGUACCGCCUCCUCAUGCUGCUGCCAGGUCCAGAGUGUCUCAUGGGUCCCUGUACGGCCUCCCAUUGCUGCUGUCUCCAUCGCCACACUCUGCCAUGUGCCACUUUCAGGUCUCCUCACACUGCUGGUGUGUUCCAUUUUGUCAUAGGGUGCUGUAUGGCCUCCCAUUGCUGCUGCCUCCACCGCCACACUGUGGCUCCACACUCUGGUUUUGGCCCCGUGACUGCCCAAAUGAGUGAAGUGUGCGGUGAUUCUAAGAUCGACGGCACUCAUCUGCAUGUCAUACUGACUGACAGUAUUAUUUCUCUUCCCCAGCAGACUCCAAGGGCAUUUAAAUUAAAGGUACAGUGUUCUGCACUAAUAUAA